AUGUCCUUUGGUGAUUUCAACAUCCCCUUGCCAGCCAAGCAGUCCACCCUCGACCAGCUCCAGACGUUGGGAUAUGCUAGCUGUGCAGUCAAUCAUAUAUUCUCAGGCAAACCUGCGAAUCUACAAGCUCCAACGAUACCCGUCUCAAAGGACGCCCGCUUCAAGAUCUACAGCAGGCUAACACUUGUCCUCGAAGACACCUCUCAAAAUUACAACCUCUCCAAGACCGCAAAAGGCUACGACCUCCUCGCUGUACGCCCAACAUCAGAAAAGACGCUCCAAUACGCAUGCACACAAAUGGAAGUCGACAUCAUCUCCAUUGAUCUCUCUCAACGUCUUCCAUACUACCUCAAACACGCCACUUUGGGCAGUGCCAUCUCACGAGGUCUCUUUAUCGAAAUCGCCUAUGCACCCAGUCUUACAGACAUGUCGUCACGUCGUCAACUUCUCUCCAAUGCAAGUGCCAUUGUUCGUGCAUCGCGCGGUCGAGGACUCCUCAUUACUUCUGGUGCAACACAAGCACUAGGUCUUCGCUCACCCUACGAUAUCAUCAACCUCGCCACCUUUUGGGGACUCUCACAAGAACGUGGUCGUGAGGCGUUAGCGGAAAACACGAGGCGUGUGUUGAAAAAGGCAGAGACGCGGACGAGUGUGUAUAAGGGUGUUUUGAGAAUCCCUGAGACACCGGAAGACGUGUGGCCAGUGGAUGAGGAGGAGGAACAGCAAGAGGUGAAGUCGAAGCAGACGAAAGAGGAGAGGCAGAGUGGGAAGCGUGCCGCUGAGGCUUCCCAGGGCGCGACCUCCACGAAGAAGCAAAAGAGCGUAUAA